AUGUCUUUCGCCGACCCAGUGCUGUUCAAGAUCCCCCUCCUUCUCAUGACCGCCUACGCCAACUUCAUCACCUUCACGCCCCCCAAUCCCCGCACGGAGCCCGAAGAGCGGACCAAGUACUCCAGCGUGAAGUACAUCGUCCGCCAAGUCCGUCCACCCUGGGUCCGCGCCCUCGAAAAGACCAUCACCCAGUCCUUCAUCCUCUUCGAAGUCGCGACCAUCCUCGCGACCUACUUCCCCCUCCCCGUCGCCGAGCGCAUCCUCCCCACGCUCGCCUGGCGCCCCGCUGCCUCCGCGCUCGGCGUGCGCCUCACCCCGCUCUUCCUCCUCGGCGCGGCCCUGUGCGCGGUCGGCGGCGCGCUCCGCCUGCUCUGCUACCGCGCGCUCGGCCGGCACUUCACCUUCGAGCUGUCGCUCCGGCGCAACCACCAGCUCGUCACCGACGGGCCCUACGCGGUCGUCCGGCACCCGAGCUACACGGCGCUCAUCAUGGUCACCGUCGGGACGCUGCUCUGCCUGGUGGGCGGGGGGUCGUGGCUCGCGGAGAGCGGGAUCAUGCACACGCUCGUGGGGCAGUUGCUCGUCGCGAUGUGGGCCGCGGAGGUGGCGUGGAUCCCGGUGGUGAUGAUCAUGCGCGUGGACACGGAGGACGAGAUUUUGCGGAAGGAGUUCAAGGACGAGUGGACGGCGUGGGCGCAGAGGACGCCGUACAAGCUCGUCCCGGGGGUGUUGUGA